AAUCCAAAUGUUAGAUGUGAUAUAAAUAAGCCAGCACAACAACCCAGUGGGGCGUUUUACAGCCAGAAACACAAGCAACAUGGACCUCUGUCUUCUCUCUGUGUUCCUGCCUCUGCUCACAGUGGCAUGGGGCCAAUAUGGAGACUAUUAUCACUCCUAUGGGGACAAUGAUGACUGGGUCAACCUGUAUCGGCAGGGCUUCAACUUCCAAUGCCCACAUGGGCAAGUGAUAGUGGCAGUGAGGAGCACUUUCAGCAAAAAAGAAGGCGCCGACCGACUGUGGAACUAUGCUUGCAUGCCUACUCCGCACACCCUGGGAGAACCAACCGAGUGUUGGUGGGAAGAGAUCAACAGAGCAGGACUAGAAUGGUAUCAAACAUGUUCAAAUAAUGGAUUGGUGGCAGGAUUUCAGAGCCAGUAUUUCCCAUCUGUACUUGACCGGGAGUGGCAGUUCUAUUGUUGCCGCUAUAGCCGAAGAUGCCCAUAUUCAUGCUGGUUGACAACAGAACAUCCAGGACACUAUGGUGAAGAUAUGGACAUGAUGUUGUAUGCUUAUGAUCAUUACAUUCGUGGAGCAACCACAACUUUCUCUGGUGUGGAGAGAGAUCGUCAGUGGAAAUUUAUUGUCUGCAGGAUGACAGAUUUUGACUGUCGGUUUGACAACCUCUAGAAGCAUCCAUUAUAUACUAUGUUCAGGAGGAAGAGGGGCAGGUUGUUUGGAAAGUUGAAAGGAAAAAAAGGAAGAUAAGGCAUUAUAUGGAGUCUGCUCAGCUCCUUUUACAGAGACAGUGCUUGAAAAAGUUACUUUUUUGAAUGAUAGCAACCAGAAUAGCCGGUAUGUGAAAUACUGGAUGCUGAAGUCCAAAAGUAACUUUUCUAAGCUUUCUGUAGAAUCACAGUCAGCCCUCCACAUUCUCUGGGAUAAGGGUACAGAACCCACAUGAAAGUAGAAAAGCUGCAAUAAAACCCCUACUGUUUUUUUUACCUGUGAGAAUAUCUCUGUAGGAUCUUUAGAUCUUUCAAUAUGAAUCUGCAGAGGACCUAGAAAGAGAUCAUAUUAAUCAAAUUGGCAAAUAAUCAAAUCAUCAAAAGUUAAACCCAUCAGUGUGGAGGGACAGCUGUAUAACUCAUCUUCUGUGAAAUGGGCUGGUAAGUGCAACACUGUUCAAUUCUUCAGGCUCAUCCAUGUGGUCCUUCAUUCAUGAUUAAAUGUGUUGCUUCACAAAUUCUCUGCAGAGCAUGCGUGCAGGGUUCUUUAGCAUCUGCUGCUUCUGAUAUAAAGCUUGAUGGAUUUUUUCCUUUGCUGACUAGUCCAUCUGCACAUGUGCUCAUCUUGAUUUUUUCCGCAGCAGCUUUCAAAACCUCUGCAAUUUACAAAAGGGAUGACUAAAGCUCCUUAAUCUGUGUUUUGCUGAUGUAAAUCAGAGCUAUUCCUUUGCACACAGAUCCUACCACUGUGUGUGUCCUUCUCAAUACUCCAUAUUUGAGAUCGCAGAGCAUUACAAAGAUGUUUUCAAUGACACAAUGUACUAACUCAUACAAAUUCUCUAUUUUUACAUUCUAGCUGGGAAGGACAUUUGCAAUUGUAUGACUAAAGCUCAGUAUGUAAACUAAUGACACCUUGCUAACACUUGCUGUAUAGAACAAAUGAAGGACAUGCUUUCAUCGAGGAGCAUUCAAGACUUGGCCAUGAACUUGAAUCAAUUACAAUGUUUAUAUUGUAGGGUCAAUUUAAAUCCCCAAAGGAGAGAUACUUCACAACCAAAAGACAACAACAGUAUAGAAACAAACUGAGGAUUUUACUCUAAAUGCUUGUAUUAGAUUAGAACAUCUUUAAUUUGUUUAGUAUUUACAAGUGCACUAUGAUUUAUUAUGAUUAACUCAAGAAAUAAAGUAAUUUGGUGAUGCAAUAA